CACGCACAUACACACACACACACACACACACGCACAUCCCAAGCGACUGCUUUACUGUAGUUGACUUUGACAGUGUCUGGGGAGUAAACACGGGACAAUUCCCCCGGCGUAUCAUCAAAACAACAACGACGACUGUAAUUUCACUCUGGCUUCCAGUUUGAUUGGAGUUUCUGUAACAUGCUGGUGAAGAGAGAAGACAACAGGACUGGUUCACUCCCACUUUAGUUGAUUUUUUUUCCCUCAUGGAUCGGUGCAAGAUGUUUGUCCUGAAAAAAUCCAAGAUGUCCUUUUGCAUGACUCUAGUGCUGUUUCACCAAACACCUCUCAACUGAGCGUCUCUACGGCCACAAACCAGCCAUGAAGUUGGCCAUGCACAGGAUGGCGGGCACCACAAUGAGCACGUUAACAACAGGUGUGCGGUACCUCGGCACCAACGACGCCAGCUACGAUGACCCCUCCGUCGACUCAAGCCGCAUCAAGAGCGAAUUCCACUUUGAGAAACCUCACUCUGCCUCGAUUGGUAGCUUGCUCCCUGGACUUGUCCCCAGAAAUAAUGAGGUCAUUUACAGUGGCCUCUCUCCCAUUCUCCCCACCAACAUAUCAGACUUUCUGCUGGGCAAUGGCACCUCUGCGGAGAGCGGAGGAGCGGCACAGUGUGGGGAAAACUUUGUGGACAACAUGGAGUGCUUCAUGAUUCUGACUCCCAGUCAGCAGCUCGCGGUCGCCAUCUUGGCACUCAUCCUGGGUACAUUUACGGUGCUGGAGAACCUCAUGGUGCUGUGCGUGAUCCUGCACUCUCAGACACUUCGAUCUCGGCCUUCCUACCACUUCAUAGGCAGUCUGGCUGUGGCUGAUCUGAUAGGGAGCAUCAUUUUUGUCUACAGCUUCCUGGACUUCCAUGUCCUCCACAGGAAGGACAGCCCGAAUAUUUUCCUCUUCAAGCUGGCCGGGGUAAUCGCCUCCUUCACUGCCUCAGUAGGAAGUCUGUUUCUCACUGCCAUCGACCGCUACAUCUCCAUCCACAGGCCCAUGGCAUACAAACGCAUCGUCACGAAGACUAAAGCGGUCAUUGCCUUCAGUAUGAUGUGGACAAUCUCCAUUGUCAUCUCACUGCUGCCGCUGUUGGGCUGGAACUGCAAGCGCCUCAACUCCGUGUGCUCGGACAUCUUCCCUCUAAUCGACCAGAAGUACCUGAUGUUCUGGAUCGGGAUGACAAGCAUCUUGGUCCUGUUCAUCAUCUACGCCUACAUGUUCAUCCUCUGGAAGUCCCACCACCACGCCGUCCGCAUGCUGAGCCGCAGCUCCCAGAGGAGUGUGAUUGUCUACACCGCCGAGGGGACUAAAGUUCAGACAGUCAGGCCCGAGCAGGCCCGGAUGGACCUCCGCCUGGCUAAAACCCUGGUUCUGAUCCUGGUGGCCCUCAUCAUCUGCUGGGGCCCACUGCUAGCCAUCAUGGUUUACGACCUCUUUGGGAAGGUGAACGACUUCAUCAAGACUGUGUUUGCCUUUUGCAGCAUGCUGUGCCUGCUCAACUCCACCGUGAACCCUGUGAUCUACGCCAUGAGGAGCAAGGACCUGCGCAGGGCCUUCCUCAACAUCUGCCAUACGUGCUGUGGAGCGACGCAGACCCCGGACAACAGUGCUGAGAGUGACUGGAACAGCAGGAGUGCGAGAGGCACAGCAGGCAGGGCGGGGAAAGAAGGAAACACCCAAGUAAAAGUAGCCCAGGUUACUGUUUCUGGAGUGACUGAGACUUCUACUGCAGAGGCGAUUUAAAAGACGAGCUGCUCUGCUCUGGUACAACUGUGAAGUAAAGAUAUUGUAGAAUAGCCCCCGCCCUCCUAGUUAACUGCUCUGUGACUGUGAAAUGUGCCAAAACAUGACUUAGAAACAGACCCGAUCCUUCAUUGCUUUGAAGCUGAAAUCUGUAAUGUUAACAUAAUAUUGUUCUCCUCUGUCUUUACUCUGUUAUUGAGAAAUGGUUUUGUUAGGUUGCACAAGUCUGAUCGAAAAUGCCAGUUUGAGCUUAUUUCAAUCAGUAAAUAAUAUAGUCAUAUUCCCAACAAUCAGUUCAUUUCCUCAAAGGCAUUUUUUUCCUGCAACAACCGUUACAAACACAUCCUUUGUCAUCUUUGCUGUAGUUUGAAUGUGCAGUUUUUUUUUUUUUUUACAGAUUCCAGCUUGAAGGUAGAAAUUUAUGGAUCAUUUUGUCCUUUCAGUUAUUUUUUCUCAUUAUACCAUAGCAAUAUUGUGGCAGUAAUGCAAGGUGAAACUGUGCCUACCUUCAUGCAAAAUGUCAGUUUUGAAUGACAGCACACUGCUUGUAAGUAAAAUUAGCAUCUCAUUAGUGAUUUGAAAUCAGCUACUUAGGAUUUUAUAUGACCAUGAUAUUGUGAAGUUUGGCAGUUUUCCAGUUCAAUAGCAUUUUAUUUUAUUUAUUUAUUCAUUUUUUACUGUACUUUGCAAAGCAAAAGGGUGAGUAAUGUCUUCAAAUAUGAAUGGCUUUUUGAUCAAAUCAGAACUUUAGUCAGCAGUGAUUUGGGAUUGUUACAUAGCUGGAUAUUACACGCGCUUAUAAAAAAGUUACAGCAUUUUUUGAGAAGCUACAAUGCCAUACUCCUGUGAAGCAUCUAUUGUGCCAUUGUGCUCCAUAAAAGUGUGUAUUAGCAAGGAUGUGAGUUCAAUAAAUGUAUGAAAUUUGUCUAUUUUUAUCCUAAUUUUUGUCAACGUACU